GUCUUGAUGGUGAAACCUUCUAAAAAAGAAGUGACUUCAAAUGUAAAUAAAAGAAAGAGCGAUUCUUCAGAUCAAAAUAUUAAUCAGAAUAAUAGGAUGAAAUUAGAUCAUUGCGAGCUAAAGGUUGGUAACAGAGUAGCAGUAAAAACAUCUCGUUUUACAACUGAGUACUUAAAGAGAGAGGACUUCACUUCAGAUGAGGCAUGGAUUAAAUUUGUGAGACAUACAAUUUACAAAAGACAGGAAUCGAGGCGCGUGAGGCAAAAAAGUCGUCGCAAAAUCGUGACAAUGAAAACUUUUAAAGAUAUGCUUAAUAAUUUGAAGUCCAAGUACUUCAUAUCUGAUUCUGAUUUGACAAAUCUUCAAGAUUACAAAAAAAUUGUAGCACACAAAUAAGCAGAUAUAUAUCUACAUUUACAUAUUCUCUGUGUAAUGUAAGGCGCUGAAUUCGAUUUCGUUGUUCACAUUGCUUCA